GGUUUGGCCCCUUUGGGGAACACACGGUGAAUGCCAGCUGGAUUGCAGUCCAGGAGCUGGAGAAGCUGGGCCUUGGUGACAGUGUGGACCUACACGUGUAUGAGAUUCCAGUUGAAUACAAAACAGUGCAGAGGCUCAUCCCCGCCUUGUGGGAGAAGCACAGUCCACAGCUGGUGGUGCACGUGGGGGUGUCGGGCAUGGCAACCACAGUCACACUGGAGAAAUGUGGGCACAACAAGGGCUACAAGGGGCUGGACAACUGCCGCUUCUGCCCCGGCUCCCAAUGCUGUGUGGAGGACGGGCCUGAAAGCAUUGACUCCAUCAUCGACAUGGAUGCUGUGUGCAAGAGAGUUACCACGCUGGGUCUGGAUGUGUCGGUGACCAUCUCGCAGGAUGCUGGCAGGUACCUCUGCGACUUCACCUACUACACCUCCCUGUACCAGAGCCACGGCCGAUCAGCGUUUGUCCAUGUACCGCCCCUGGGCAAGCCAUACAAUGCAGACCAGCUGGGCAGGGCCCUGAGAGCCAUCAUUGAGGAGAUGCUGGACCUGCUGGAACAGUCAGAAGGCAAAAUCAACUGUUGCCACAAACACUGAGGGCCUCUCAGGCCUCCCAAGACCUUGUUCCGCCAGGCACCCCAAGAGGGACUUCCAUCCUCCAGGGCCUGGCUGUGAAAGACAAGCCCGUCAGCUAGGGAUCCGAUUUGAAUGAAAUAUUCUGAUUCACACACCUCCUCUUCCUUUUCCUCUGCGAAAGCUGUGGUUGAUUUGAAGGAGGCAGCUGAAGACCUUUCCUCUAUUUCCCCUUGCAUUUGGGGACACAGUUUCUGGGGCUGGGAGACUGGCCAGCAGGUCCAGACUUCCAGGGAAUCUUGGUCAGGUGGAUCUAUGCUCUACAGUCCCACGGCUGGGGCCACUUGUUCUGCGGACGAAGGAAUUCUGGAGCUCACUUUAUCCGAGACUGGUUUUUCCCAGAUUUGAAAGCUUCACGAAGAGUCUUUCUCCUGAACUGUGUUCCGACAGCCCAGAAGGGGCCGCCUUGGGGUAUGGAGUGGUUUUGUUUUGUUUUGUUUUUUUCCUUUUCUUUUUCUCUUUUUAAAAACAAUAGUGCUAGUUUGGGCACAGACUAAUUUAUAUUCCCUUCGGUUAAAUCUCGGGCUUUAGCCAACAACAGAAGUGUCUUUUCUUUUUUCUGGGGUGCAGCCUGUUUCGCCUCCUGCCCCCAAAACUGGACUUAACAUGCCACGUCUUUGUUUCGGGGCCAGCAAUGAGCCUCACUUGCUCCAGGGGGCAGGGCCCAUGGCCAGGCCACAGGGUAGGCCACUGCCCCAGGUGUGGAGUCUGAAGGCUCAGCCCCAGGGCCUCCGGACCUAGGCAGGAGAACAGAUCUUGUCAGCAGCUGAAAACCCACCCGACAUCUGGCCUGGAUUUUUACAGGGACAAGCUUCUCGUUCUCCUUAAGGGGGCCUCUAAACGAACAGGGUGUGGGGGCUGGAGUUUGCUGAGCUAUUCAAGUCCUGGCAGGUUUGAGCAGGAGGGAGCCAGGGCAGCCAAGGGAUCCUUAUGUAGAUGGUUUUCGGAGACUCGCCCAAGACUCAGGAGUAAAUUUUUAUCUCACUCCCUGGCAACUUUGAACUUACCGGGCAGGGAUGAGGGUGAUGUCCCCCCAAGGUAGCUAAAUUUAGCUGGACCUUGACACCCAUGAGAGAGAGGGCGAUCACAGCAACAAGGAAACCAAUUGAGUCCAAUGCACAUUUCAGAAACCAUUUUCUGUUUUUGGAGGAAACGCAAUUUUACCGUUUCGCCUGAAUGUGGCAUGGGCUGGACUCUGAUUCCGUGUUGAAUUAUACUGGUGUUUUCCCAACACCCAGUUCUUUUAAAAACAACUGAGAUUUUUGUUUUAUUUUCAUCCACAUUCACCUCCCUUCCCACCCAUUCUGAUGCUGGGGAGGUUUCUGCCUUUGUUGGAGCCUUUGGGAACCAGGUUAAUGGGUUUCUGUGAAACAUGUUUUCUGAGUACUGGGCUUUCUCUGGAGGGGCAGGUGGGUGACUUGAGGUCAAUGCUUGGCAGUGGGUAUGGACUGUGGCUAGCAGAUUGAAGUGAGCAGGAUUUUGCUGUCCCCUCCACGCCGGUCCUCCCUCUGCCAGAAACACCCCCUCCAGUUCCCCAAGUUCUUAGUCUCCUGAGAAAUCCAAAGUGUAAAACAUCACUGGAUCUGCUUAGCCAGCUUCGUGAAUAGAAAUUGUGGCUCUUUUGAAUGUGGGGAACUCAAGACUUGGGGAUCCCCACAGAGGUCUCAUUCAGAACAACUGCAGGCUCCAGCCAGCUCUGUUCCUCAAAGGUCUGAUCUGUGGGCCUCAGGGGAGGAAAUGGGUCCAGGCAAGACAGGGAGGGAAGAUGGGCUGGGAGUGAGAACAGCCCAGCUUAGCCGAGCGCCUGCCCCCAACUCCACAUCCUCAUCUUCCUUUUGUCCUCAUUUCACCUCUGUGUUUAAAGCACUGUGUGACUUAGCUCUUUAGAGAGAUAACUUAUUGUCCGAUCAUGGUCGAGUGAGUGUGUGUCAUUUUCAUGUUCCUGCAAUGUUUUAGCAUUUCCUCAUCAAGGCAAGCUGGGGUCCUGUCGUCCUCCAUGAUGCACAGCAUUUGACUUAUUUUUAUUGAAUCAGACAUCCAUUAAACAUCUCACUCACUCCCUGCCAA